AUGUAUGCAUCCAUACAUGAAAGGGAUGUGUGGGCGGGAGACUCGCCGGCGGCGGAUGCAUCCGCGGCGGACCUGCAGAAGUACAGAGAUCUGUACAAGCAACCGCUGCCUGACAAGUUUGUCCCUACGGUAACCGAGCUGGUGAACUCGACGAGCAGCCACGGCAAGAAGAGCGUUCAAGUGGAGCUAAGGUGGGAGCAGUUAGUUUUUCCAAUGUUAGUCUGCUAUCUGUUUCUGGAAGUAGAGUGCUGCGAUGUGGAGACUGAUGGGUGUUCGGUUAUGAGUGUGGUGUCAUACUGUGACCUCCCCCUGAUGAAAACUAAAAUUAGGGACGUGUCCAGGAGCUUGGUGCUAGAAAUUUUGGGGCCAAGAUUUGCUGAUAAUUUCAUCAGUUUACCUGCCACUGGCUCACGGGGAGGGAUUCUCAUUGCUAGCACAGAUGAUUUUGAGGUGUCUGAUAUACCUUUGGCAGUUGAAGCUCAUUCGAUUUCAGGUACGAUCAGGGACAAACCGGAUGGCAACUGCUGGUCUAUUACUGGGGUCUAUGGUCCCCAGCUUGAGGCUGAUAAAUUGGAAUUCUUAUCUGAAUUGAGAAGGAUCAAACAGCUUUUGCUUCCACGUUGGAUGGUGUUGGGGGAUUUCAACAUGAUAAGUAGGGCUGCUGACAAGAGCAACACUAAUUACAAUUUGAGGAUGAUGGGUAGGUUCAGGGCUGCCAUUGAGGAUUUGGAAUUAAUUGAUUUUCCCUUACUAGGGAGGAGGUUCACUUGGUCAAGCGAGCGUCAAAAUGUCACCCUCACCAAGAUCGACAGGGUUUUAGUCUCCGGGGAGUGGGAGGCUGCUUUCCCACAGUUUCAGUUGACCCCUGCAUCGACCAGUAUUUCUGAUCACUGUCCGUUGGUAUUGAGGAAAAUGCAGCUAUCUCAUUAUAGGGCUUUUAGGUUCGAAAAUCACUGGUUAAGGUCCCCGGAGUUUGAUGUGAUUGUUCAGCAAGCCUGGAAUAGAGUGGUCCAGUCUGGAGACCCAGUUCGUGUGUUGCAUACUAAGCUCUCCCGUACAGCGGUAGCGCUAAAACUUUGGAACAGGACAAAGAUGAAGUGGGCUAAUUUUGUUUCUGGUAUAGCAAAUGAAGUCAUCUUCCGCCUGGAUCUAGCACAAGAGGACCGCGAGCUGACCGAGGCCGAGAGAAAUCUGCGGAGUUUGCUCAAGAUGAAGCUUUUGGGCAUCGCGGCCAUUGACAGAGCAAGGUGGAGACAGAAAUCAAGGGAAUUACGGGAUGCGGUGACUGACAUUCAUGGGGAGAAGGCGCCUGGGCCAGAUGGCUUUACUGGUGCCUUCUAUAAGCGAUGUUGGCCGACUAUUAAGGGAGACUUGCUUGCCGCUGUCAACUGUGUGCAUUCUUUGCGUGCUCAAAAUUGGAGGAUAGUGAAUACAGCAAAUUUGGCUCUUCUUCCCAAGAAAGAUGGUGCCCGAGAUACAUGUGAUUUCCGUCCUAUUAGUUUGAUGCACAGUGUUCCCAAGAUUUUGAGUAAGAUGUUGGCUGCUAGGCUAGCCCCGGAAAUCCACAAGCUUGUCUCCCACAACCAGAGUGCUUUCAUUAGAGGGCGAUCUAUUCAAGAUAAUUUUUUGUACGUCCAGAACGUGAUUAAGGCCGCCCACUCCGAAAAUUCUCCGUUGGUGUUUCUGAAGCUUGACAUGGCCAAGGCUUUUGAUUCGGUCUCUUGGAGCUAUCUGCUGGAGGUGAUGGAGGCAAUGGGUUUCGGCCAGCGCUGGAGAGACAUGGUGUCCAUUAUUUUUGCAUCUUCCUCCUCUCGAGUUCUGCUGAAUGGGUCGCCAGGUGCCCCUUUUGUGCAUAGGCGGGGAUUGCGGCAGGGUGACUCCGUAUCGCCCCUGCUGUUUAUCCUAGCCAUGGAGCCUCUGCAGCGGAUGCUCACGAUGGCCACAGAAAGGGCGGUGCUUACACCUUUGAGAGUCAGAGUUGCGCGCUUGCGUUCUGGUUUCUAUGUCGAUGACGCAGCCUUGUUCAUCAAUCCCGUUGCCCAAGAUUUUGCUGCAGUGCAUGCCAUUCUUAAGGUUUUUGGGGAUGCCUCUGGGCUGUGGGCCAACAUCGCCAAGACCGUGGCUUAUCCUAUCUCCUGCUCUGGGAUCAACAUUGAGAGUAUGUGGAGUGUUUUUGGUAGGAUUUUGGGGUCAUUCCCGUGUCAAUACCUAGGGCUGCCAAUUGGGCUUCGGAAGCCGAGAAGAGCUGAAGUUCAGCCGGUCUUGGACAAAUUUGCAGGCAAGCUUGCUCCUAGGAAGGGGAGAUUACUAAAUAGGAUGGGAAGGCUUGUGUACAUCAAUUCUGUCGUUACGGCCACGGCCACUUUCUUUUUGACGGCCUUCCCUCCUGACAAGUGGCUAAUCAAAAAAAUGGACAAGCUGAGGAGAAAUUUCCUUUGGUGUGCGGAGGAUGAAGCUGUAGGAAGGAAAUGUCUGGUCAGCUGGAAGCGAGUCUGUGCUCCUAAGCGUCUUGGUGGUCUAGGAGUGAAGGACAUACUUUGUUUCACCAGGGCGUUGCGUUUGCGAUGGGAAUGGUUUUGGUGGGCUGAAGAGGAUAGGCCGUGGAAGGGCACAGCGACGCCGUGCGACGACACGGAUCGGCAGCUCUUCUCCAGUUGCACUAGUAUCGAGUUGGGAGAUGGUAGCAUAGCUGCCUUCUGGACUGACAGGUGGCUCAACGGCGAAGCCCCACUGCAUUUAGCACCUGAUAUUUUCAAGCUGGCUAGGUUCAAAAAGCUCACGGUCAAAGAGGCGCUCAGUACAGCGCGAUGGAUGCAAGGACUUCAGCGCUUGGACAGUUACGAGCAGCUAUGUCAAUUCGUUGGCCUGUGGGAAAAAUUGCAAUCGGUGAAUCUUUCAUACCAGAGAGACAAAAUCAAGUGGAACAUCACUGCCAAUGGGAGAUACUCGGCGUGUUCUGCUUAUGAGAUCCAAUUCUUGGCCAGGAUUGAGCAACCUGGGAUUGCCCGCGUGUGGAGGUGCAAGUUAGAAGGGAAGGUAAAGUUCUAUAUGUGGCUUUUACUGCAGAACAGAAAUUGGACUGCCGACCGGCUGCAGGCCAGAGGAUGGCCUCACAACGACUCUUGUAGGCUUUGUGACCAGGCGCCGGAAACCGCGGCGCAUCUCACACUGCAGUGCUGCUAUGCGAGACAGGUUUGGCAUCUUGCUCUAGGGGCCAACGGCUGGGUGCAAAAUGAUGGGUUGUCGACAACCUCAGUUUCGGAAUGGUGGAGGAUUUUUUGCACGCACAGCGGCGCGACUGCUAGGAUUGAGGCUGAUUUAACUUUGGCGGCUUACAUCGCCUGGCAUCUCUGGAAGGAGAGAAACAGAAGAGUUUUUGAAGAUAAGGAGCUGACUCCUCGGGCCGUGGUGAACCUGAUUAGUGAUGAUAUUAAAUUGCUUAACGAGGCUUUGAAUCCUUCCACUACGGCUGAGCGAUAG